AUGCUUGUAUUCGAGUCAACAGAGGCCACUAGUCAAACCGGACUGCAAGAGAUGCUCGCUCACGUACAGUCCAGUCUGUAUGAUUUCAACAUUAAGCCUUCCACCUCAAAUGAACAGUUGUGUACACGAAUUGGAAUAGUUGUUUAUGGACUGACAUCAGUUCUGUACGCUCCUCUUGGAUCGCUUUCUCGUGAUGAGUUCCUUGCCAUCGACUCUCUCCCUUACUUUGGAGACCAAAUACCCAAUCUUGAAGAUGCUCUUCGCAUGGCUUCUCUGCAGUUUCAAACUCAGGGUGACCGAUCGAACGCCAGAAAUGUCAUCGUACUCAUGGCGGCUUCCUACUACGCAGGAGGAGUGUUCGGAUCAGGCCAAAUCGCCGCUCAGUUCAAGGAGGAUAAUGGAGUGUUGGUGGUAUACAAUUACGUGGAACAGCACGGAUUUCCUGAGUUGAAGUUGGAGAGGCUGGCAUCGCCUGGCUACUUUCUCACCAAUAUCGAAGAUAACUCUAGCAUCAAUCGAGCUUUGUGCGACGGUAAACAUGAGCGAUUUUCCUCUUGCGCAAUUAGCCGUCGAUUUAUUCUCGUUCGGAAAAGUUUCGUCCAUUAUGAGCCAAAACCCCAGGAUAUGGUCAGACCAAAAGGACCUGAGGCCCGGCGUGGUUGCGCAGGCUGCUGCGAAGUCAGCGGAUUCGAUUUAGCAAACUGCUUUUGUCGCCUCGGAUACGAUGCUUUCGACGUGGACCCUCUACGAUACACUCCACUAGCGGGAUGUUACUCUGUGAAACAAGCUAGCACCAGCUAUCAGCUAGCGGCGAAUCAAUGUAGAAACGAGGAUGGAUGCGUGGCACUCGCCAAGCAGCGAAAUCAAACGGAUUAUCUUGAGAAAAAGUUCACCUUUGGGAGCAGUUUCUGGAUUGGAUUGAAGUGGGAUCAGUUCAAGCAAAACUACGUGUGGGCCGAUGGAACUGAGUUGAACGGAUCCGCACAGCCUUGGGCGUCUUCUUCCGACCAUCAAAAUGGCAUCGACUGUGUACGUGUAGUGCCUCAGAGUGCCGAACUCGUUUGGACUCCAGUCGACUGCCGCGAUUCGUUCGCCUAUUCAUGCGAAGUUGCACCUUGUGAUUCUCAAAUUUUCUGUACGCAAGAUGUUUAG